AUGGACAAACAAAAGGUGUCUAUUGAGGUAAAAACUCAUUUAGAGGAGAAUGGAAUUGAAAUUAAAGAGUAUACAGAAGUAAGCAUAGACGUGGCAUUACUUGCAACUAAUGAGCUUGGUUUUGUGUCUACUACCAAAAAUGUAAAUGGUAAACAUCAAACGGGAGAAGAGAGUAGCAACCUCAUAUGGGCUAAUCUAGCUUCAUGCUGUUAUGAUUUGUAUUCAAAACUGAACCCUGAUACAGUUCUCUUGCAACAAUCACCUCUGGCUCUUCCAAAGGCUUUAAAGGUUGAAGCGCAAGGGCGCUGGUGCUGGAACUAA